AAUGGGUUUUUAUACAAACCAAAGUAAUCAAUAACUGAGUAUAACUCAAGAAUCGUAUGAUAAUAAAUCAAAGAUCAAAAUAAAGCUCAUGAUAAGAGAAACACAAAUAUGAAUCGUUUAGUUACGUAACAAUUGUACAAUAGGAAAUAUGCAUAAUACAUUGGUCGAUAAAUAGUCCUUAGAGUUACCAUUCAUAAUUCACCAGGGGAUAUAACAGUAUCCAUCGUUCGAUUAGUCCUAAAUAUACGUAUCAGUGUCCAUAACUGUAUUACAUAACUUAAAAUAGGGUAAUGCCCUGACCAUAAUCGUUUGCUAGUCAUUGGAAAAUAUAUUACAAUAUCCGUCUACCGAUGGAACACCGCUUACUAUUCGAGUUCUAACUCAUAGCUAAGCUUUAUUUCCCGAUUUCACUCCUUUUUAGUGGAAUGAAUUCCCUAUAUUCAUUUUUUCACUGCAGUUUAUAAUAUUACUCUCAAUACUUUGUCGUUCAUCUUUUAAAUUUUCUCCGUUACUUUGCUGAUAUUACGUUCAUUAAUUUAAGUGAAUACAUAUUUGUGCUACUUCCUAUUUUGUUUAUGACCAACUGACACCCUCUAUUGAUAAAUUCAGUUUAAAACCGCAUAAGGAACUGGUGACUUAUAUUCAUUUUUAGUUGCGGUUUGUUCUUAUUUCUACCUCACUAACUUCAAAUUUAGGAAAAUUGGGUGCCCGAUCUUCAAACACGUAAACACUUAAUCGUUGACUGAAAUUAAUCGAUUAGCCUUAGUUUCACCUGAAGCGCUUGGCUUUUCUCGCAAGUUUGUAAUAGGUAUGUAUAGAAAACUUUUGUAAAUGUUCAUAGUUAAUUCCUUUAUUCCCGUAAGUAGUUGACUAUUUAUAUUUUCUAGCCUAUUUUUACAGAGGAAUUUUGUCUUCCCGAUAUUUCUUGACAAUAAACCGCACUAAAUAGUUAGAUAUUAGCUGUUCGUUACGAAUGGAAAUUUACUAUAAUUCAUUCCACACCACCUUAGAUUUUAUUUUUGUACGAAGUAGCUAUCUGACCAAAGCAACCUGGAAGUUAUUUUGACUGUAGUUGUAGAUAACAGUUUGUCUCUAUCAUUUCCAUUCUUGUUAUCCUAUUAACAUUUCUAUAGACUUUACCAUCUUAAGAUAUUCUUCUAGUAUCAGGAUAAUGUAAGGAUAAUAAACAACAGUUAAUUAAAUAACAUAAUCAUAGGUUACAAAUUAGCUUUUUUUAAAUCCAAGUGGUUAUUGAUGAUUCAAGUCAAUGUUGAUAUGAAAAAGUCAAAAAUUGACCAAAGAUCCCUGUAUUAUAUAUAAAGUCUCAUUUGUUAUAAUAGGGGACACCUCGAAUAAAAACAGGGUAAAGAUUAGAACUUGGUUACUUUUACAAAAUAUAUUGUCAUUGUGUGGGAAACCUCUCAGUAUAUGAUGUGUUUAGUUUAUUUUUAAUAUGAAUGAAAAAUUGAUUUACUGAUUGGUAAUAUUGAUUGGCACCUAAUACUCAUUUCAAUUUUCUUUCGUUUCACAGCCUUUAUUUUGGUUAUUAUCGUAAAAAAUUAAAAAAGUCAUUGCAAUGAGCAUAGAGACUGCUCCGUAUACUGUUUCAAAAACUUGGACUCAAGAAAAAGUUGAACUGCGUGAGUAUAACUCUUUACGAUGGGUUUGUGCCAUGAGUCAUGAAAGUUCUAUGGAUAAGGCAAGUAAGGAGUGCUUUUGGAAGUUGUUCAGGUAUAUUGGUGGGAAAAAUGCACAAAAGGUUAAAGUACCGAUGACUGCUCCAGUUACUAUUGAAAGCAAACCAGAUAAUCAGUCUGUCAUGAAAAGAUGUUUUACGAUGGGUUUCUACAUUCCUGAAGCGUUUCAAUCAAAUCCACCUACUCCAACUGAAGAGGGUGUAUUUAUAGAAACUAGACCAGCUAUGAAAGUUUACUGUUGGACUUAUUCAGGUUUUUCAAAUAAUAACAAAGCAUUAAAUAAUGCACGUAAACUUGGUGAAAGUCUUGAUCAACUUGGUUUAAAAUAUACACCAGAUCCUUUUUAUUUUGCUGGUUAUGAUUCACCAUUCAAGCUAAUCAAUCGUCGAAAUGAAAUAUGGUUUAAAGCUCAUUAA